AUGGAUCCUCAGGCCCUUCUAGUUUCACAGUUUGUGUACUGGCCUCCUGGGUCUGACUUUCAAGAAAUUCACCUAAUACCGAGAAAUCCCUCAUCAAGAUCCCAUUCGACAGGCAUGAAACAAGAUUUACGUGUUUUAAUUGACGAAGAUCAUGAGAUAAGUUUCCCAAACUCAUAUGUCAGUGAUGAUUCUCUCCGAGCAUAUCACACCAAAUCUCGGCCCGAAACUUCAUCGUCGUGUUAUUCCGAGACUCCAAGAGAAUCACAAACAGAUGAAAUUAUUUUUGAUCAUGACAAUCCAGCCAAACUUUUCCCAUAUGUUGGCAUCUUAGACUAUUCACAAAUAAGAAUAUCAAGAUUGAUUCCCCAAAACACUUUGCACACCAUCGAUCCUGACCAAAAACACUGUCUUGGCUCCAUUUUAGAGUCAAUUUAUAAACCUAGAAUAAGGAGUAUAAAACGAGGAAAAAUUUCGCUGCCACAGAAUGUAUUUAUUUCGUCGAAACAUGCAUUCUCCCGGUACUAUGGCUCCAAUCGUUUUCAAAGACAGGAUAUUCAAGACUUUGAAAUUCUUUCUUAUUCAUCAUAUUUUGAUCCCCCUAAGCCAGUGAGCCCAAAUCCAAUAUUUGUUCUCAUAAUUAUAUCUAUUCUCUCCGUUGGGUUUCAGUUUGUUCUUUUUUCGGCAUCAAGCCCGCCAGUAUUACAAACUACGAGCUCGAAAGAUAGUAUGAAGAUUACCAUUAACUCUAGAGGGAAACACUUACAGGAUCUUCGAAAAAACCUUAAAAACUUAAUUGGUAAGAUGUGCUCUGCUAUUUUCAUGAAACAUUUUCUCUAUUCUUCAGUAAGAAACCCAAAAAACGUGCGAACUAAAUCAAACAUAUCAACUAACAAUUCAAUUGAGAGCACUCCUCCAUGUGUCUUGGGAAGAAAAUGUGCUGAUACCGACAACAUCAAAGAUUCAAAGCAAUACCCUUUACCUGAAUCCUUAUGUAGCGGAUUAUCUGAAGAUUUAAAGCUUUUCCACUCAGCUCAGCAACCACAGCAGCUCUAUGCACAUAUCUACAAGAAUCAAGGGCUAGAUUGGUUACUGGAGCUUGCUCAUAAAUCUUCAGCGACGGUUUGCAAACCAGACCUGACAAACGUUAUGACUAUAUCCUCUUCUGAAAAAACAUCGUCUGCUGAUCUAAAGCACGAUCUGUUGAAAGAAGAAGGACUUAGCACAGUUCAAGUUCCUGUUGAGAACUUUAUACUGAUGAUGAUUCCGGAUAAUGCAGGGUUCUCGAGGGAGAAUUUUCAGGAUAAUACAAGCCUGAAGCUUCAUUUGAUAAAACCCAAUGACACUGUCUACUACAAAAAGACAAGUAUAUUACAAAUUUUGCGUUCUGUCAUUAGUGAAACAGACUCAAGCUUGGAAUGUCGAGAUUUGUACAAUAGAAAUGGUGAGAUGCGGUUGGAGAAGUCUUUUUUGAGAAAAAGAUUUGUUGAACGUAAUUCCCCAGCUAGCCUUGAAAAGAAUUCAAAGCUCCAUAGCUCUAUCCCAAAGAGCAGAAAGAGCUUCGUUGAUUCUCAAAUUCUAAAUAGCUCCGAAUUGAGCUCUACAGUUGAGUUCAAGUCAAGUAUUGCAUCUACGAGGCGGAUAAACAAACUAAAAGAGGAGGGAAAGAAUACCACAUACCGUCGAAUACACCAAAUGCGUUUGCGAGCAAAAACUUCAAAAUGUUCAAAAGAGCUUAAAUCUCGUGUGAAUGCCUCAUGCACCUCCACUUGUACCAAAGAUGGAUGCACCUAUGAAUUGCCCUGUUCUCUCAGAUUUGUCGAGUCUAAUGGAAACAAAUCUAAUGAAACAGACUCUGGUAACAAGAAAAUUCUAACUAAACGAUACUUUGAGAGAUGCCUGUCAUCAGAAAAAAUGGAAGAAGUUUCAACAAGAUUGUGCCUUAGUAGUCAUUCUAGUGGCUCUAUACGGUGCAACUCUUCACUACUAUGUAAAAAUGGAGCAAUGCUGGGAGCCAAAGAGAUGCGAAAUGAAUCUAAGUUUAAUGAUUUUUUAUUGGAAUUUCCCAGUAGCUCUUCGGAGUUGAGUGUGGCAAGAUCAGUUUUCGAAGCUCUGUUGGUCAAUGAUUUGCUACCGUUGAACAUUGAUUGUCUUGACGACCCUGUUUGUGCACUUAAUGUUGGAUCGCCCACCAGAAAUCCUCUGGUGUUUGAAGAGAUCACUAAUGUGAAAUCCGAGGAAUUUGAUUGCACACCUACUUUGGCUUCGCAAAACAAUGGGGAUUUAAAAUUACCGAAAAGUAUUUCAGGCGACGAAAAAGAGAUAUCAAUAUCAAUCUACCCACCCCAUUCAUUGCGAGGUGACAAAGUUGAAGGUAACCUUCAUAACUGUUACCAUGAAAAAAUUUCGAAGACAACACCAAAUUGGGGCGAUUUAAAAACCGAUGUUUUGUACAUUUGCUCCAAUACUCCCCUGUCUGAAUCUCAAAGCUGCUCCGAACACACGAAAACUUUCUUAUUUAAUCAUUUUGAUAAAAAAAAUCCAAAAGUGCCAUGCAAUUCAUCUGAGAAGAAACACCCGAUACAAGAGGAUAGUAUUCACCAAAACCUUGAAAAAAGUACCUCUUCAAAUGAUUGGAGCUCCUUCUCUAUAACAGAAACCGCUUUGAACUCCAAUUCUAGCAAGCUGUGUUCAGCAUCAGAAUAUCCCCGAACAAUUCAAUUGAAGAUGCCAACACACAGUGAGAGAGCUUUCACAGGCCCAAUCAACACUACUGGCGAAUUUCUGUCGGAUUCGGACGACUCCAGAGAGUUUACCAGAGCUGAUUUGUCAAGUGAAUUCCCCAAGUCAAUUCUAAUGACAUGUAAGAAACAAUCAAACCGAGAAAUAAAAAGGGUUCGCUUUUGUUUCCCACAAACGCCUUCAAUUCCCGCCAUUCCCGAAGAGUUUUCAACGAGAUUGCUUUCUAAUGAUCUAGGACUUUCUUCCAAAUUUAAAGCAUCAGUUGAAAGUGAGUGCAAACGUCAGGAUAAUGUCCGGAAGACGCUAUCUUUGAGUUUGAGGCCUAAGUCUACAUUCUCCGAAUCAAGACAAGAGAGUAGCCUUCCAAAAUCAAAGAUUAGCUCGAAGCCCUCUUUAAUUUGUUCCACACUUUUUGAUAUAAGAAAAGAAAUCACUUUGCAAAAUAUUCAUCCUCAAGUUUUGAUUCUGACUUUGAGUCGAAAUGGAGAAGUAUUUUGCAAUCGUUUUCAAUAUCGCAACGGCGUUUUGAAAGCUGUUUCUGGUGAAAAUGCUGAUUACUGGGAAUGUGCUUAGCCUGGAUUCAAUCUAUCUUUGAAUAUCUCUAAAGUCAGUUUUUUUGUAUUUUCUAUGUCCUUUCAAAGUAAACUAUCUUUCUUUGGAUGUGCGUUACGUUUCUUGCAACCUGUUUCCUACGAAAUACUAUGGAAUUCAAAAUUUG